UGUUUGUGCAUGUGUUUGUGUGUGUCGUAGCAGAUAGCGUAAGACAUUCUCAGCUAAAUCAGCCGAGCGAUGUCAUAAGUGCCGACGUUUCCACAAGCAAAGUCUCGCAUUCGGACGAGUGUGCCCUGCUUUAGUUAUUCAGCGUCGUCGGAUUGCGAGGGGACGGGGUAGUUACACUAUACGUUGGGCUUCGCGGCAUCGACAGCAGACGCCGUAGUGUCGUGCGUCUGUGUGUCACACGACCCAAUAGUUGCCUUCGGGCGAUACGCGCGUCUUGGUUUACGCUCGUCUCGAAUAGCGUCGAAAGAUGACUCGCGAGCUGUCCUUCGUGACGUUGUAGUCUGUCAAUACGCCGUUGACGAGCGGUGGAGAAAAGACGCGCUGGGGAGUGGACCGACCGAUCCCCGCAAUCGUCACGGCUCAUUGCCUACAGGCAAAUGCUCUGCAUGCAUGGGACCUGCCCGUCAGUAUUUCCUGAGAUAUGGAGGGACAGUCGGGAUCGUCGAGGGACAACGGCAUAACUGUCACGUUCAUGUCACAUCCGUCCAUAUGGCUCGCUGCACGUCUCCCAUCGGUACUGUUGUGUGCCCUGGCCACUCUUGUGUUGACGUUCCUCGCUAUACGACAGAGCGACGAGUUCAUCAAGCAACAGGACCAAGAGGAAGUGUUCAGAUGGCUCGACAGCACUGGCUUUGGAGAGCACAAGCAGUUCAUAUAUGACCAAGGCUGCGACUCGCUCGCCUCCUGCUGCGAGUUGCUGCUCUCCUCUCCAACCCCCUCUCCCGGAGGAGGAGGAGGAACGCCUCGCCCUCUCCACUCGUCGUCUCCUCCUCUCCCCUUCGCCUCCUCCGGCGAACUGUACGACGCGCUGCGGCCCGCCGCCGAGCGGCUGCGGUCGAGGCUAGUGCUGGAGCGCUGGCUGCGCGACCACCGCCUGCUGUCCGCCGUGGUCCGGCGGAGCGGCGCGAGCUCGGACUCUGGGACGACGAGCGACGCCGUCGGCGACCGCACGGCGUCGUCCGCUCGCCGUCGAGGCGCCGCCGGGGCUGAAGAGGGCGGCCGUGACGACGACGCGGAGGAGGACGCGCACCGGCGGGCGUCCACGUCGCCCGAGUGGUCCUUCUUCAGCUGGCCCGCCCCGGGAUACGGGAAGACCAGCGGGUUUCCUUUUGGAAUCGAGAGCCUCGAGCAGCUAGUGCGGCAGGUCCUCACUGAUGUCGAAAGUAAGGGCCACAACUGGACUCCAGAAGUGGUGCGUGCUGUGAAACAGCUGCCGAACAGACCCGAGGCGCUCGAAUCUGCUACAGACCUCAUCUGGGAGCGCAUCCUCUUUGAGCAGGAACAAAAGACAUGGGCCUUUGGGGCUAUGCUGGGUGUGUCCCUGGUGGCUUCUGUGCUGGUGGGCGUGGCCUCCCUGAUGCUGGCGCCCGCGGGGCUACUGUGUGACCAAUCGGCUGCGGCCGCCGCGAAGCUCGGCUUCCUUAGUUACCUCACCGGGAAGUACCUCUCACCAGCCAACUGCAAAGUCGAGUUCGACUGGACUGAGCCACAGGUCGUGGGCUGCACACUGACUUUCUUCAUCAAGUUCUUCCAGCGUAAUGGGCGCAGCUACCCAAUUUGUGACGAAGAUCCACUGCUAGUCGAAAUCGUAGCCGGCAAUGGCGCCCACAAGGUGGCAUGCAGCGUUGAGCUGGGUGGCACAGAUCCGAACCUGGCCAAUCAGGCGAGAGUCCAGUUCACGGUACGCCGCGCCGGUCUCUGCCAUGUGUCGGUCCUCAUCGGCAUGGUCCACGUUCGAGGCUCACCGUUUGUCAAGAACUUUCUUCCAGGUCGGCCGGACCCUCAGAAGACGGGAUUCAUUCACCACAGCUGCACGGUGGUCUGCACCCAGGACGAACUGCACCACCUCUUUCUAGAGCCCAGGGACAAGUACAACAACGCGUGCCUUGUGGAUUCCACCACCGAUCCCAGCGACGAGUACAGCGUCGACAUCGUCGAGGUCAGCUCAAACAGACCCGUCACAUCCUGCUACCACUGGGAGAGUCAUCCUGAAAACUCGAGGAUCGCGUUAGUGCUUAAUCUCAACAAGGUUGGCUGCUACCAAGUCAACGUCUCGUACCGUGGCACCAGCCUGAGCAAUGGAGACUUCCACGUCAUUGUGCUCUCGAAGAGCGACGCUGCUUUGGUCAGGAAGAAUGUUGCCAAGAAAAGCCACAACAUCUGGUACGAAGCCAAGCUGAUAGCUAUGAACUGUGAGAGGCUUAGCAAACCCAAGAAGGUGUUUGUCUACAUUUCGCCUAAGCAACUCACAAUCAAGGAAUAUGUGCUUAGGAUCAUUCCAAAGAGGCUCAUCACAUUCCGACUGUGCCCCAGCACAAAGUUUCAAUUCAAAGGGAGCAACAAUCACGAAGGAGAGCCCGUGCUUGUCGUAGACGAUGGCUGCCAGCCACAAGUUGAAAUGGUUUGCGAGGAAAGGGACGUCAUUGCCGCCACUUUCACCCAGUUCUUGCUCAAGAACAUUGGUGGGUCAGAGACCUUCAAAGACAAGCUUGAGUUUUUCCACUAUGAGGUGCGGAAGCUGCAUCAGAAGCACUACCAUGACAAGCUUCAGCUGAAGGUGUCAAGAGACAAGAUUCUUGAGUCUUCAAUGAAGGCAACCAAGAACUUCAGCACAAGUGAUUGGUGCAAGAGUUUCGAGAUAACCUUCAUGGGAGAACAAGGUUUGGACUGGGGUGGACUUCGUCGAGAAUGGUUUGAGAUCCUCUGCUCUGCACUCUUCGACCCCGAAAACCAGCUCUUUCACCGGUUUAAGAAUGACAAGCAGGGCUUGGUUCACCCAAACCCACGGAGACCGGCUCACUUGAAGUUGAAGCACUACGAGUACGCGGGCCGCAUCGUCAGCAAGUGCCUUUACGAGUCCUCGCUAGGCAGUGGCUACAGGCAACUAGUCAGGGCUCGCUUCUCCAGGUCGUUCCUUGCUCAGCUCAUCGGACUCAGGGUUCAUUACAAGUACUUCGAACAGGACGAUCCAGACUUGUACGUGACCAAGAUAAAGUACAUUCUGGAGAACGACGUGGACGACAUGGAGCUGUACUUCUCCGAAGAAGAGUACACCAGCUCCGGGCAGCUCUUGAAGACGACCGAGCUCAUCCCUGGUGGCUCACGGAUUCAUGUCACCAACCAGAACAAACUCAUGUACCUUGACGCGCUGGCACAAUAUCGGCUGGCCACCAGUGUCCGAGAGGAAGUGGAACACUUCCUCAAGGGACUCAACGAACUCAUCCCAGAGAACCUGCUUUGCAUUUUCGACGAGAACGAGCUAGAGCUGUUGAUGUGCGGCACCGGCCAGUUCAGCAUAGCCGACUUCAAAGCCAAUCACACAGUCAGUGGCUUUUCUUUUGAGUUCAGAAAGGUGCUGGACUGGUUCUGGACGGCGGUGUCAAACUUCACCGAGGAGGAGAUGGCACGUCUGCUCCAGUUCACCACCGGCUGCUCCCAGCUGCCACCAGGGGGCUUUGCUGAGCUCAAUCCACGCUUCCAUCUGAGUGCAGCGCCCACUUUUGGCAGCCUGCCUACAGCGCACACGUGUUUCAACCAGCUCUGCCUUCCCGACUACGACUCGUACGAGCAGUUUGAGCGGGCCUUGAGGCUCUCCAUCAACGAAGGCACCGAAGGCUUCGGCAUGAUCUGAUCCAUGGUUCUGAAUGUCGCUCCGAAGCUAUCCUACCCGCCAAGAAAGUUCAGUGCACGUGUGUGUAUGCUACCGGUUGUGAGUACGCACGACUUCGCCGAUGCAUCACGGAUUGCCGUGGUUGGUGCUACGAGUGGAGGGCCUGCAGAAUUUGAUGCCAAGUGUUGUUCUAGCAGCAAAGAAGACAACUUUGUCUUUCUUUUUGUACUUCUAGUGAAACGGAAGUUUUGGUAGUCAGUGACGAGUGACGAGACCUCAUGUGCGGUUAUUUUCGGCUGGCACAUCAACGAACAGACACUUGUGAUGUGCCUUGGUGCUUUCAUGUGCCGCACUUGUAAGCAUCUCCUGCGUACAAUUUCUUCUUUUUUUUUUUUGCGUCGUGUACUUCUAUGCGAGCCCAUUGUUAACGUGUCAAAAUAUGCAACGCACAUGGCAGCGCUAACUUUUUGCCACAAUGCAUUCAUCGCUGCUGCAAGUUACUACGGCUCACUUAGUUCGUGCAGUGUAGUGUGUGAUGUCUUUCUGAAAUGGUUUCGUCGGUGUCACGAGUGCGAUUGGCACUGGACGGGAAACGGUAUAAACGAUACCAUCGUUAUCUUUGUUUAUCAAAGCAGCAUUUAGAGAGUCCAAUAAUGACAUUCUAUAGCUUCGUUGUGUACUUAAGAUCAUUCAUUCCUCAAACACUUGCUGUAGCUAGAAAUCUCAUUAAAGCUGAAAUGUAGCAUUAACUUGAAACAAGCACUGCAGAAACGUGCCGUCUCCCUUAGCUCUAAUACCUGCCAGGCCUUAGCACAUGCUGAAUGCAAAUGUUUUCAAAGUUACCACGGACUCUCUGCAAAGUAGUCUUAUAGCUCUCCACGAGGAAUGAUUAACAAACUUUAUUAGGCCUCUUUAGAGGCACAUCUUUGAGAGACAGGUGGUAGUUUGGCGAGGUGGUUACGUGUCAUGCUGCUCAUGAUGUAGCGCAUUAUAACAUGCCUUGCCGUUUCCUCGUUUAUGCCAUAUUUUCUUGUAGUGCCGUUGAUUCACGAUAAUUCUAACCAUGAUAAUUAAAAGUUCUAGUUAUUCAAUAUAAAUUUCAAAAUUUGAAGGGGCUAGCCAUGAGCCUAUACAUUUUUAAAGUCGAUUGAUUCAAACUGGCCCUUCAGUUAAUUCGAACAAUUUGACUUCCCCAGGGAAGAACAGGGAAGCCAGAAAUGGCUUUUGAGAGGUCAUAGUAUGGCAUGAAUAGUCAAAAGUGUGCUCACGUUUGAGUGCCAGGACACCAUUCACGGUGAAUGGCGCAGCUACCAGGUGGCGCCAUUGACCUGACCCAGUCACUGUAAUUGCAGCCAUGUCAUACAUAUUUGGUAUACUACUAUGUUAGCCUACCAGUCCUAGAUAUUUUUUGUCUGUUUGAAAUCUGUUUACAUAUACAUUUUUAUACAAAAGGUUGCGAUUCUGUUCAUGGAUCACAUUUUACUUCAAAUAAUUCAGACAAAGGUCUUCGGUCCUUUAGAGCUUCAAUUACCAUGAUUUGACUGCUGUAUUUUUGUGGUGUUUGUCUUGACUUGCAUUUAAUGCUUCAUUGCAGCGCACUCAACUUUUGUUCCCCAUGACCCUUCCUAGUGUGGAGAAAGCGAUUGCAUUUCUGUGAGGGUUGGCCAAGUGAAACCUGGAUAAGGUGCAAGAGUUUCGUCUGGCUUUUCGUUCCCGCCCAAAUUUUCUUUCUGAUAGCUCUAACACAGGCACACUGAUCAAAAAACAAUGCUGUAUAUUGUUUUGUUUUUUUUCACAUGUAGAUAUCCAUGUGUGAAAUUGUGCCAGUUGUUAUUGCGUUACUGAACUUCUAGUGAGCUACAGGUUCAGUAACAAAUAUCAGUAUUGCAAGCCCGACCUCUGCCACGUCCAAGUUUCAUUUGGUUGAGCCUGAUGUGUGUGUGUAUAUAUAACAAACUCACCAUAUUCCAUUUUUAGACUGCGUUAGGGGGACCACUCGAUCGACUUUAACCAAUCCAAUCGCCAUGGCAACCUUGUAGCAUUCCUUUUGAUGCAAACAAGAAAAAGCAGUUGUCUAGUCAUGUUUUGUACGUCAAGUUUUGCUGCAACUUCAGCGUUUCUUUAGGUAGACUUCGCGCUUGCUCCACGGUUCCUUUCCCAAAAGCUACAGUUCCUUGGUAAUGUUGUUAACCUUGUCACAUGGGCGCACUUUUAUUGCUGCAGUGUACCAACUUGGGUUAGUUGGUUUUAAAUGGAAACAGUCAAUAAAAAAAAUUUAAAAAAGAUAAGAAAAAGUGCUGACGAUGUUAAGAACAUUGUGAACGUGGUACAGAUGACAGGCCAGUGGCAAGUAGACAGACAGCACAGACGCCUGCAUGGUCUGCCUUCUGGCUGUCGGCCUGUUGAUGCUGUUUAUUUGUAAUUUCGUUGCCAAGUGAGAAAAAAAAAAGUGACGCUGGAUUUCAAGUGCAUUGCUGCCUGGCCUCUUUUGACAGAAGUAGAAAUUAACGCUGCUCGACUGGAAGCGGUUUCGUGAAUCGCGUUAAGAAUUCCUGAGCUGCGUGAAGAGCUUGCUGUUUGCACUACCAAACCAAGUUUGAGUGUUGCUCAAAGGAGUACUGAUAGAAAAAAAUUGUCCUUGUUUUUGUUUAUUUAUUGAAUAGCUGUCGACCCAGUAAUCGCAAUAUGGAGCCUCAAUUCCCCGAGAGCGCAACAAAUAAUUGCGUUGCCUUUCAACGUGAUCGAUUCAAAGCACACCCUGUGGACAGCACAGCUUCAGACAUCGAAAAAAGAAGACUGUUCAUGGGUCACCAAUACUUGAUGUGGCGGUCUCGUGGUACCAGAUACCACUGAGGAAAGGGAGAAAAUUGUCACCCACCCGACAGUAGCACAAACCUACAAAGGAAACUCACCGACUGUAGCUUCAUGCUAUAGUCGAAUGAAUGGGAAUUUUCCUUUUCACAAACCUUUCCUCCACCUUGUUGGAUUUGGCAGAGCUAAUUUGCGGAACCACUGUCUACACACGCGCGCACACUAUGGCCAUGUUGCCGAAAGCAGAGUCCAUCCAGCAUUUGAUGGGACAACAAGGAAGAGCGAGUUUUCCAGCAUUUCUAAGAGAGGCUCCCAGUUAAAAGGGCUGAUUUGGCAACUUUCGGUGACUGUUACUAUAAGGCCUUCAACUACUGUAACGGGCUGACUGGCACACUCCUGAAAUGUGUGCGAUACCACGUGAUCUCCACCUCUCCUAUCAGUGACGUAAAUAGGCUCCUUUUUCAAGUCCGAAGCCACGCAGCACUUGGUGCGCAUUUUGAAUGGGUCGCAUAGAAAGUUUUGUAAUAGAAAUCACUUGUGGCACUCUUCGCAAGUGAUUUGCAACGUAAUCGUGGAGUCAACAGCUACUUAAAAAAAGAAAUAUAAUUAAAAAGAAAGUCGGGCACAAAUUUGUUUGUGCCGUUACUCCUUGAACAAUGAUCAAUACCUGGCAAACAAGGGAAGCCCGAGCCUGGGAACAGCGUUUUGACAAGAGGACUUGCUUUUGUCAAGACCCGACCUGUUAUCUUAGGGGCCUCGCUUAUCUUCAUCGGGGAUUCCUGACAAAGACCAGACUCCUUGUCGAAACUAUUUCGCUUGUUUGCCUUUUGCUGAUCAGGUGAACUCUCCAUCAUGGUUUAAGCUUUUUGUCUGGUUUGGGCUGUUGAACAAGAGAGAGAAGGAAGGAAGGAAAGGCAGGGAGGUUAACUAGACUUUGUCCAGUUUGCUACCCUACACGUGGGGAGGGGGAUUGUUAAACAAUGUUAUAAUUACGGCGGGGCCUCUUGAAGCUGUUAAUAUAGCAGCCUUUUUGUCCCUACCAUAGCACUUUUCUUUUUUGUCUGAGGAAUGCUUGAUGUAUGAAGAGAAUACGAGUCCAAACCCUUAAGCUACACACCAGAUGGCUGCUUAUCGGCCAUUAGUGCUGUCUCUUUAAAAUGAUUUUUCUUUAAGAGCAGACUCUAGCCGAGAUCACAACCAAAUAUGCAUCUCAAACGUGUUUUUCCCAUGCGAGGUAACAGCUUGACAUUUCGGGAAAGAGAGCUCCACAAGUCGCUUCUGAUCUCGUCAAAGGUUUGUUUGGUCUAAAUCGCACAACUUGCCUGUUCAACAGCACAGUGCGUUGUCUCGUGCAGUUGGUCAUUUCUACAGAGCAGGCACAGUUCCAGAAAUUAAUAUCAAAAUCAGCAUCAAUGAGUGGCGUUAGUAUUGUUUCUACGUGGGUUACUGGGCAAGAAGCCUUUGAAUACAUGGCUUGCAUAGUGCACUUUAGUAUAAAACGGGAAUGCCUCAUUUGCCUUCCAGCUCAAUAAAGGGACACCUAAGGCCAGCAUAAAUCAGUUUAAAUUAGAUGUUUUAAAAAUUAUAAUCAGAAAUUAGUCAUUUUCUUAAAACUCUAUUUUCAUUUAUUUUUAGCAAAAAAAGCAAGCCUACUGUUACUGCGGGACAGUGAACACCAAACAUCCCUUUGUUGAAGUUCAUGCCAAAAACCUUGGCGCAGGUCUAAGCAGGUAGGUACGCUAGCAGACCCGCCAACUUCUAUAAAGUUCGAGAAAUUGCUUCAAUCAAUGCCCGAAAAUAAAAUAUUUUGGUUAAAAAUAUUUAAAGAAUGUUUUAGUACUUGUGAUGUUGACUAUUAAAAUAAAUUGCAGCCUCUGUUUUCUAGCAAUGCUGCGAACAGGCACACUUCUCAGUAUUGCUUAGCAGGUACUGAUAGGCUAGGUGAUAAUUUAUAAUGUAGCUAAACAACACACUUGAAAAAAAAACAAAAAAAAACAUGGACAUGAAAAAAAUAAACGAGCACAUGCACACUUUGUGUGUCUUUUUAAGAGUGCUGCUUAACUAAAUAUUGUGAAUUCUUAGUAUUGAGAGCUGAAUUUAUCUGCGUCACAGGCGAAUAUGUUUAUAAAAUGGUGUGGGUGGCAGUUCCUGCGGGUGGGAGUCAGAAUAAAUGCGUGGGACCAUAAAAUUUGGCUUCGAAAUAUCGGUCGGUGACUGUAUUUGUAUUUUUAAAGAAUAAAUGCUGCCCUAAAUUUGAUU